AUGGCGUAUGUAUCUGGUUCAGGCACCUUUGUGUCUGUGAAUGGAACCACACAUGAGAUAUUCCAGGUGCAACAAGCUGAGAUGACACAGACUGUAUCAACUGGAGAGACAAUCAUCUUGAGUUGCAGUGUACCAGAUUCAUUUCCAAAAGGACCUGUCUUAUGGUUCAAGGGACAUGGGCCAAACCGGGAAUUAAUCUACAACUUCAAAGAAGGUUUCUUUCCCAGAGUAAAAGAAAUUGGACACCCCACCAAACCUGACAACACAGACUUUUCCAUCCGCAUCAGUGAAAUCUCUCUUGCAGACGCCGGCAUCUACUACUGUGUGAAGUUCAAGGAGGGGAAACCUGACACAGAGUUCCAGUCAGGUCCGGGCACCAAGGUGUUUGUGACUAGUGAGUUUGUCUCCUCCACCCCCUGUUAUGGGCUAUCAUCUCAGUUAACCAAUCCUCUAUUCAUUGAAUUACUAGAUUAUGCUAAAUAUUAUUGA